AGGGGAAGAGAGGGGCAGACCGCGUCGCCGCACGACUCAGCGAGUUGCCUUGCCCCCCUUCCCCUCUCCGUCCGUCUCGCGCGAAAUCACGCCGCGGAGCGCCCCCGCCACGACGUCCGAGUCGCCUCGAUCCGACCACGGGAUCGGCGCGUGGUAGCCGCCCCGGCCAGCUCGUGCGCCCGCUCCAGCGAGUCGUCGGCUCAGUCGGUAUUGUGGGGUUCUGUUGCUGCUAUGCGCACCUUAGUCUACAGAAGGUGAUGUUGGAUGAUGCUGAGGGACUGUGCGACCGUACGGCUUCGAAGAAGUGUUGUUCCCCACCAUGAGGGUCAAUCUUGGGCUCCUCGUGCUCGUAAUGGCGCAAUACUCCGCGCCCACAUGGGCUACUUUGGUUGCUGGGUUCUUCGUACUACUUUCGCUUUCUCUCUCCUUGUACCUGAUAUUUGAGCAUCUCUCGGCAUACAACAAUCCAGAGGAACAGAAAUUUGUACUGGGUGUUAUCCUUAUGGUCCCUUGCUAUGCAAUUGAGUCGUAUAUUUCUUUGAUAAAUCCAAAUACGAGUGUUUACUGUGGCAUCCUGCGCGAUGGUUAUGAAGCAUUUGCUAUGUACUGCUUUGGAAGAUAUAUUACUGCAUGUUUAGGUGGGGAAGAUAAAACAAUAGCUUUUUUGAAGAGGGAAGGCGGCUUGAGUUCUAGGCAAUCCCUUUUGUAUCAUGCCUCUGAGAGGGGAAUCAUACACCAUCAUUUUCCUGUAAAUUUUAUAUUGAAACCCUGGAGAGUGGGGACGCGAUUUUACCAGAUUAUCAAAUUUGGAAUCUUCCAAUAUGUGAUCAUAAAGACCCUUACAGCUAGCUUAUCUCUUCUUCUAGAACCUUUUGGUGUGUAUUGUGAUGGAGAAUUCAAUUUACGAUGUGGGUACCCUUACUUUGCUGCAGUCCUGAACUUUAGUCAGUAUUGGGCACUGUAUUGUCUAGUUGCAUGGUACACAGCUACCAAGGACGAAUUGGCACAUAUAAAGCCUCUGGCUAAGUUUGUUUCUUUCAAAUCUAUAGUAUUCUUGACUUGGUGGCAAGGUGUGGUGAUUGCAAUAAUGUAUGCUUUGGGCCUGCUUAGAAGUCCUUUAGCCCAGAGCUUGGAGUUGAAAUCUAGUAUCCAAGAUUUCAUUAUUUGCAUAGAGAUGGGCAUUGCUUCGGUUGUUCACCUCUAUGUGUUCCCAGCCAAGCCAUAUGAACUCUUAGCUAAUCAGUCACCAGGAAACAUUUCUGUACUUGGGGAUUAUGUAUCAUCUGACCCUGUGGACCCUUACGAAAUUAAGGAAAGCAACCGGCCCACCAAAAUGAAGCUUCCACAGUUGGAAUCAGAUGAGAGAAGCUCAACAAACAUAAAAGAGAGUGUUCGGGACUUUGUUAUCGGCAGCGGAGAAUAUGUGAUCAAGGAUUUCAAGUUCACUGUUAACCAAGCAGUGAGGCCAGUGGAGAAGCGCUUUGAUAAAUUGAUGAAAAAGAAUGAUAAACGUAUGAAAAGCCGGGAUGACAACUGGGUGAGUGCAGCAACAGCAGAGAGACCAGUUCGUGGGAUUGAUGAUCCAUUAUUAAGUGGCAGCGCAAGUGACAGUGGGGUCACGAAGGCCAAAAAACAUCGCAGAGUUGUAAGCUCAGCUACUGCUGCUGUGGACAGCUGGGGAGGUGGUGAUCAGGCAUCUGAUGGGUAUGAGAUUAGGGGUCAUCGCUGGGCAGUGAAGAACUAACGAUUUUGCUUUGCAUGAGUGGCCAUUCUUUAGCCUACGCAAGUUCAGGUUGUGCCGUGUAGAUAGCUGACCCCCCCCCCCCCCGGCGGGUCAAGUCGUAUUGAUAUUUGUUACGAGGAGCGGCCGAUUGCAAAAAUUGGAAAGGAACUUUUUCUUAAGAAAUGAAAGCAGCUCCUCCUCUGGUGUCCAUUUGGACAGACUUAUUUAGCGUUGUGACAUGUUCGUAUACUGAUAUACAGCGUAACUGUUAAAGUGCCGAGGUUGUAUAUCCUCAUGAAUAUCAGACUAACAGCAAUGGAAAUGCUGAUAUUGUGUUA